UCCUAGUAUCCCGUAAUAGAGCCGUUAACAAAAGAUUCCAAUCUUAAAUACAAAAUACAAAAUUCAAAAUUUCCGACCGUUGCGCCAUAUUCAUAACCUUUUCUUCUUCGCCUCUUUUCUAUAUCGAGGUUUUCUUUAUUCUUUCUCCAAACACAAAGAAACUAAACAAAAAUGGCGACGGAGGAAUUCCAAAGCCCUCAAAACCAUAAAAAUGUUGUUCACAGAGACAUCAUCAUCAGUCCUGGGUUCAGAUCUGUUGCUGCGAUGGCUGGUUGGGAUGAAGAAGCCUUAUUAGCAGCAGCAUCAGAAGAAGUAGUUGAAGAUACACCACAAAAAGAAUCACCAAAGUCCCCGCAAACUUAUUCAAUAAGGAAACGUAGGAGAUAUAGUCCUGUUACAAACCCUGUAUUAGUUCUUAACCUUCAUGAUGAAGCAAGAGUUACACACCAUGACGGGCCUGUUGCUGGCAAAGAACCACAAAUUGAAUCUCUGAAAGAAGAGACGAAACAAGCGGAGCCCAAAUCUGACGAAAAGCUGCCUGCUAAUCUUCCUUGUAUGGAUAAAUUGAGGGAAGAAUUAUCUUGUGCUAUUUGCUUGGAGAUUUGCUUUGAACCAAGUACUACUCCUUGUGGUCACAGUUUUUGCAAGAAAUGUUUGAAAUCUGCAGCGGAUAAAUGCGGUAAAAAGUGCCCGAAAUGCAGACAACUGACUGGAAACGGAAGAUCUUGUAUUGUGAAUACAAGUCUUUGGAACACAAUACAGCUUUUGUUUCCACAAGAAGUAGAAGCAAGGAAAGCUGUUGCGGCCAAAAACAGUCGAGAACAAGUCAAGGAUAGGAGUAGUGUAGGAGAGUAUUCUAUUUCAAGAAGUCGAAGUGGUAGGACUACAAAUCCAAGUAACAUUAGAGUGAGUUCUAGUUCAAGAAAUCAAAGUGGUAGAUCUCAUUUUACGGGGAAUUUGAGCAGCUCAUCGAGGACUAGAAGAGCUAGGCCUACGCCUAGUCAAGCCGCGGAUGCUGCAUUAGCUUUGAGGUUACAAAGAGAAGAGUUCAUGGAGGCUUUUAGGGCCGCAGCAGAUGAACCUCAGCCUCAGGUACCAGCAGAAGCCUCAACUGCCACAGCAAACCUUAGAGCAAUGGCUUCACGAGCUGUUGACAUCCGUCUUAGAAGAAGACUGACAUAGUUGUUUUGACUUUUAGCUUCUGACAGAUUCUAGUAUUUUCAUGCUGAAAAAACUUGGUACGGGUUUUUUAAAUAGAAGACCCUUCUGAAUGUAAUGUGCAUUGAGUAUAGUUAAAUCCCAUGUAGUUAA